AGUGAUCACUCUUGUGAAAGGUUGUGUGCAUAUUAUCGGAUGUUACCACCUUCAUCAACUGAUUAAGAACUAAUGAAACACGAAUGAGCAUCCAUGGCAACAUAGGAUUUAUAUUACGAUACAUCUUACAUUCGCCAAUGUCACCAUUAACAACAUUUUAAAAUAUUGCUAUAAACAGCGUUAGAAAUAACCUGCCUUUCCUUGCAUAUAAAAUAGUAUUGUCUUAUCGCAGGGAUUAUAUGAAGUUUCAAAAUGCAUCCGUAUGUCCCGUGUGUGCUUGUGGUAGUCUUGACUAUAUAUGUGAAAGCCCACAUUCGCGUUGAUAAGCUGCAGAUACAUUCGGAAUCCAACUAUAAACCUGCAUUCAUACGUUCUGCGGUUGAGAGCAUUCCUUUGGAUACUGAUUCCAUACUCCUACUCCGUAACAGUGCAAAACCUGAGUUUGGGGACGCUUUCCUACCUCUGCGGAGUGCUGUGGAGAGUAUUCCAAAGCUUUAUCAGAGCAACACGUCUAGGCUCAGGAAGAACCCUGAGAUACGUUCUUUUGUGCGUGAUUCUGUGGAGUCAUUGCCAAAUGAUGAAGAUGGGCAGGAACAUAUGGAAAUUUUCACUAAAUAUUAUAACAGUGUUAGGGAUGUUGUAGGAGUUGAUAUGAAAAGAAGAAAGUUAACACAUGUUAAUGUAGAUCCUGGGACCAUUUCCGAUAAGUACGCAGCUUUUAUUGCCCCCGGAAACUCAGACGACUAUUAUCCGAAGUCAUACCGAGCCGGCUCGCCGCAUCAAGAGUUGCUUAAAAUGUUGAACAUCGAACAGGUUAAGCACACCGAUAAACUUGAUCGGUACUCUGACCUGCAGUCUUACGGUGUAUUAGGUCAAAGUAACUUGCAACACCAGCAGUCCUACGGAGCUUUGGAAUUGGCAAACAGAAAUGAUCUCAAAGUGACUAAAAAAGUUCUUUGUUACAUGUCGAACUGGGCAUUCUACCGUAGUGGUGAGGCUCAUUUUGUACCAGAGCAUAUUGACCCUAAUCUAUGCUCUGCUAUUAUCUAUUCUUUUGCCUCCCUGGAUCCUGAUCACCUUACAAUUCGAGAAUUCGAUUCAUGGGUGGACUUGGAUAACCAAUACUACCGUCGAGUGACAUCGCUUGGUGUGCCUGUGCUAAUUGCAUUGGGUGGAUGGACGGACUCUAGCGGUUCCAAAUACUCCCGCUUAGUCAGUGACAAUCUUAAGCGUCGUGUUUUUACAUCCAGUGUGAGCAGCUUUUUAUUACGUCAUGGAUUCAGCGGGCUCCACCUAGACUGGAACUACCCGAAGUGCUGGCAGAGCGAUUGCUCAAGGGGACCUGUGACAGACAGGCCAAACCUGACUAAGCUUCUUCGUGAACUUCGCACCGAGUUUCAAAGUGUUGAUCCAAAAUUUCAGUUGGGAGUGGCCAUCUCUGGCUACAAGGAAAUUAUAACGGAGGCUUAUGAUUUUCCCGCUUUGUCAGACAUUGUAGACUAUAUGACAGUAAUGACCUACGAUUACCACGGAGCGUGGGAACAGAAAACAGGUCAUGUUAGUCCACUUUACGGCUUACCAUCGGACACGUAUCCUCAGUACAAUACAAACUAUACCAUGCAGUUACUCCUAAAAAUGGGCGCGCGAAGGGAAAAACUUGUAUUGAGCAUUCCGUUUUACGGCCAGAGUUUCACAUUGGCAAACGCCAACCAAAUUCUUGCAGGCCCGGGAGUGGCAGCCACUGGACCUGGAGAUUCCGGUGAAUUGACAAAGCAACCUGGAAUGCUAGCUUACUACGAGAUUUGUCAGCGCCUAACAAAGUUUAAUUGGAUGAGUGAUCGAAAUUUAAGCCUGAUAUUCGGUCCAUUCGCUAUGCUAAACGACCAGUGGGUAGGAUAUGAAGAUACGACUAGUGCCCAAGCGAAGGCUCGAUAUGCUGCUAAUAACAACUUUGCCGGAGUGGCAGCCUGGACCAUUGACCUCGAUGAUUUCCGAAACCUAUGUUGCAAUGAAUCUUAUCCUUUACUUAGGGCCAUUAAUAGAGAAUUGGGUCGCUUGGACUCGGAGCCGCCAACUGAACCGAACUGUAAGCGUACUACAUUAUUGGCGACACCGGUGCCUCCCCAAAUGACAACAAUUAGUAGCGAUGGUUCUGGGGGGUUGGGACAAAAUCACGAUCAUACAACUUCCUUGCCAAGCGGGGAGAACAGCAGUAGUCCUGUAAGUACCACUAUAACAAGCCCCUUCCCUUGGUGGAGUUCAACUACAAAACGUCCGCGCGAGCCGACUAGGACUUCAGCAAAACCAACUCAUACCACAAUCCCCAUUCCACCAGGGAUCAGCCCAGUGGUACAGCCCUCGAAUUGCAAGAGCGGCGAAUUCUUCCCUGACUCAAAAAAUUGUAACGCUUACUAUCAAUGUUUUUUUGCGGGAGAGUUACAGCAUCACUUUUGUCCAAGCGGUCUUCACUGGAACAACGAAGCCAAAGGAUGUGAUUGGCCGUCUUCCGCCCAAUGCUCACUAAUACCCAAUCAACAUCUAAGUACUUCUUAUCCAAACCCGAUCCAAACGUCUAAAAAGCCGGAGACGACUUUGACACCUAAUAAGAAACCGUCAGAGACUUUCGCUCAUGAUCAGGUCAGUUAUACCUCAAGCCGACCGCAACAUAUGCGUCCAACUAUAUUGGAGUGCACUGAAGGGGAUUACUACCCACACAGAAACUGCAGGAAAUAUUACAUCUGCGUUAAUAAGGCACUGGUACCCAGUGAAUGUGGCGGAGACUUGCAUUGGGACGGUAUCAAAAAACUUUGUGACUGGCCUGAGAACGUACAAUGCGUAACUAGCAAAAAAUAUUUAAAAAUAAUCAAAUCGAGUAGCGCCAACGAAGAAGACCCCUGCAAAGGCGAAAAGCGAGUACCCUAUCCAGGGAACUGUUCGAAAUAUCUCUUCUGCCUAUGGAACCGCCUUCAGGCUAAUGACUGUCCACCGGGGCUGCACUAUAAUGAAAGAAUUGGGAACUGCGAUUGGCCUGCAGCUGCAAAAUGCAAUCCAAAAGAUGGUGAGAGCAGCGGAGAGGUAGAGCUGAACGCUAUGCCGAAGCCUCCGACUCCACAAACCCCGAGUAGUAAUUUGCGACCAACGUACCCCACGGAAAAACCAGUCCCCACACCUCGUGAUAGUAACUACAAAGUUAUUUGCUACUUUACAAACUGGGCCUGGUACCGCAAGGGAAUAGGUCGCUUUACUCCCGACGACAUAAACACGGAGCUGUGCACUCACGUAAUUUAUGGGUUUGCAGUGCUAGACUAUUCAGAACUUUUACUACGAACACAUGAUUCCUGGGCUGACGUUGAAAACAACUUUUACACGAGGGUCACAAGCCUCAAAAGCAAAGGCAUCAAGGUGAGCUUAGCACUUGGUGGAUGGAACGAUUCGCAAGGCGAUAAGUACAGCCGCCUAGUUCGAAGUCCAAUGGCCCGGGCUCGUUUUGUGCGCCACGCCCUCGAGUUUAUUGAAAAAUACGGCUUUGAGGGCCUUGAUUUAGAUUGGGAGUACCCAGUCUGCUGGCAAACGGAGUGCAACAAAGGGUCUACCGAGGAAAAGGAGGGUUUCACUGCUUGGGUACAAGAGCUUUCUGCAGCGUUUCGCCCUCGAGGACUUCUGUUGUCCACUGCAGUCUCACCUAGCAGGAAAAUCAUUGAUGCAGGAUACGACAUUCCUCAGCUCUCUCGCUGUUUUGAUUGGAUCGCUGUCAUGACAUAUGAUUUUCAUGGGCAUUGGGAUAAAAAAACAGGACAUGUGGCACCUCUGUAUCAUCAUCCCGAUGAUGACUUUGAACAUUUUAACGUGAAUUAUUCCAUAAACUAUUGGAUGGAAAAAGGAGCACCAUCACAAAAAUUAGUAAUGGGUAUACCACUAUACGGCCAGUCGUUCACUUUAGGAAAUACCAACAGCAGUGGCUUAAAUGCCAAAGCCCCAGGACCAGGUGAAGCUGGAGAGUUUACCAGAGCAGCUGGAUUUCUUGCAUACUAUGAGAUUUGUGAACGAGUUAAUCGCCAAGGCUGGCAGGUAGUGCAAGAUGAAUUUGGCCGCAUGGGACCUUAUGCUUACAAGGGAACUCAAUGGGUGUCCUAUGAUAACCCAGAUAUGGUCAGGAAAAAGUCACUGUUGGUGAGGUCAUUGAAACUGGGCGGAGGAAUGGUUUGGGCCCUUGAUCUGGAUGACUUUAAUAAUCGUUGUGGAAAUGGCGUGCAUCCUUUGCUCAGUGAAAUCCAUAACGUGCUUAAGGAUCCACCUAGUUUAUUGGAAAUACCGGGUCAUACCGAAUCGAGUCCUACAGAGUACCCAGGCAUUGAAGGAGGGAUACAUGAGUCUAAAGGGGAGGGUCCCGAGGUGCAGCCGAUUGAAGCGGUGAUGCAGACCAGCGAUAACGAAGGUGAAGAACAUGAAGAUAUAGUAGACCCAAACCACGUCCUUGAGGAGGAAAACAUAGAAGAUACUGAAAUGGCCACGGAAUUUAAAAUCAUUUGCUACUUUACCAACUGGGCGUGGUACCGUCAAGGUGAUGGUAAGUUCCUGCCGGAAGAUAUCGAUUCAGAUCUGUGUACCCACAUAAUUUAUGGCUUUGCCGUGUUGAGUCGGGACAAGCUUACGAUCCAGCCUCAUGACUCUUGGGCGGACUUAGACAACAAGUUUUAUGAGCGGAUUGUGGCCUACCGCAAGAAAGGCGCAAAAGUAAUUGUGGCAAUUGGCGGUUGGAAUGAUUCUGCUGGCGAUAAGUACUCCCGACUUGUAAGGAAUCCAGAGGCAAGAUCUCGGUUUAUCCGUAAUGUCCUGGAUUUUAUAGAGGAAUAUAAUUUCGACGGCUUGGACCUGGAUUGGGAGUAUCCAGUUUGCUGGCAGGUGGAUUGCAAGAAAGGGACGGCAGAAGAGAAGAAUGGAUUCACAGCUUUGGUGCGGGAGCUUUUUUAUGCCUUCCAACCCAGGGGAUUAAUUCUAUCAGCUGCCGUGUCACCUAACAAGAAGGUCAUCGAUGCUGGAUACGAAGUUGCGGAGCUAUCCAAAUACUUUUCUUGGAUAUCUGUGAUGGCCUAUGACUACCACGGUCAGUGGGAUAAGAAGACUGGCCAUGUAGCUCCAAUGUACGGUCACCCAGAAGGAACACCAGAUUUUAACACCAAUUUUUCCAUGAACUACUGGAUUUCGAUGGGAGCUGACCGGCGAAAGUUAGUAAUGGGAAUGCCUCUGUACGGCCAGUCAUUCUCUCUGGCUGAGACUACUAGGCACCAACUAAAUGCUCCCACGUAUGGUGGUGGUGAAGCUGGAGAGGCUACAAGAGCCAGAGGAUUUUUGGCAUACUAUGAAAUAUGCUUGAAAAUCCGACAUCAUAGGUGGAACGUUGUAAGGGAUACCAAGGGUCGUAUGGGACCCUUCGCAUAUCAUGGGGAUCAAUGGGUUUCCUUCGAUGAUGCACCCAUGAUUCGGCAUAAAAGCGAGUACAUCAAGGCAAUGGGUCUUGGCGGAGCUAUGAUAUGGGCUCUAGACUUGGAUGACUUCAAAAAUGUGUGCGAAUGCGAGUCAUAUCCCUUGCUUAAAGCUAUUAAUCGCGUACUCAGAGGUUUCGGGGGUCCCCAACCAAAGUGCGUGCUUGAACAAGCCAAAAGCACAAUGGAGCCAAACAUCAAUCCGCCUUUCAGGACCACAAUAAAUGCCACACCUGGACCUAAUCUUGAUUCUCCUCCGAAAAAUGUAUCCUUAAAUGUUCUGUCCAUCAAAUGCCACAACAAAAACUAUUUGGCGCACGAAUGGGAUUUCACUAAGUACUAUAUCUGCGAUCAUGGAACGUACGUGGAGCAAAGCUGUCCUUUGGGACUUCAAUGGAAUAAAACCUACUGCGACAGGCCUACCAAUGUUCAGUCCUCAUUGGGAUCAGACCAGAGAACUCAGGAGUCAGCGGUCCAUCGCCCCAAUCCUACAUCACAGAUCAUCACAGAUCCCCCAAUCAUCAAUAAGGCAUACAAAGUAGUCUGUUACUUUACGAACUGGGCAUGGUACCGUCCGUCACAGGGCAAGUAUGUGCCUGAAGAUAUAGACGCCAACUUGUGCACCCAUAUCAUAUACGGCUUCGCCGUGCUUGAUAGCAAGUCGUUAACCAUUAAGACGCUUGACUCCUGGACCGAUAUAGACAACCGUUUCUAUGAGCGGGUUGUAGAAUACAAGCAAAGAGGCCUUCGAGUCAUGUUAGCCAUUGGUGGAUGGAAUGACUCAUUGGGCAGCAAGUACGCACGCCUUGUACUUGAUUCACAGUCAAGGAGGCGCUUUGUUGAAAGUGUGAUAAGUUUUGUAGAACAACACGGCUUUGAGGGUCUGGACCUAGCCUGGGAGUUUCCUGUAUGCUGGCAAGCUAACUGCGACAGAGGUAAUCCCACGGAAAAGGAUGGAUUUGUUGCUCUUGUCAAGGAACUGUCGGAAGCAUUUAAGGCAAAAGGCCUUAUUCUUUCGGCAGCAGUCUCGCCCAGUAAAAUGGUUAUUGAUGCCGGGUACAACGUGUUUGAGCUCUCUCUGUACUUUGACUGGAUGGCCGUCAUGACGUACGACUUUCACGGUCACUGGGAUAUGCGGACUGGCCAGGUAGCCCCACUCUUUCACAAUGGGUGUGACGACAACAUAUACCUUAAUGGAAACUUCAGCAUCCAUUACUGGUUGGAAAGGGGUAUUCCAAGGAAUAAGCUGGUUAUGGGAAUGCCAAUGUACGGUCAGACGUUUACGCUAGCUGACCGAAAUCACCGGUCACUAAAUGAUAAAACAGUGGGUCCAGGGAAGGCAGGAACCUUUACUCGAGCGGAUGGAUUCUUGGCAUACUAUGAAAUCUGCGAAAAAGUCGGCAACGAUGACUGGAAAGUGGUGAGGGAUGAAGAAGGUGUAUUCGGAUCCUAUGCAUAUAGUGGCAACCAGUGGAUAUCAUACGAUGAUGUCAGAACUAUUCGAAGAAAAGCUCAGUUUAUCAAAAGCUUGCAGCUAGGUGGCAGCAUGAUUUGGGCCCUUGAUUUAGAUGACUUUCGUGGACUUUGCGGUUGCGGCAAGCACCCAUUACUUAGGACUCUUAAUCAGGAGCUGCUAGGCAUUUCUGGACAAAAAGCUAAGGACUGCACUUAAUAAGUUUUGCACAAAAGCUUGACCUGUAAUCUAUUUUAAUUUAUUUUAUACAACCACAUAUUUGCCAAUUAAACUAUCUAAAUAAAGCGUAAAAGUUUUGAAACAUUUUAAA